CAAUGGAAUUACUGAAAUCAGCAAUGAAACUAAUAACGCAUAAAUUCCGUUAGGAGCGCUAGGUGAAAACUUUUCUACGGUGAAGUAUUCGGUUUGAUAUCUCAACGCCGUUGCGGCGUUUUUUGAGCAUUUUUUGGAGUAUUAUUGCGAUCAUUGAUCAAGUUUGCGACAAUUCUUUUAAUUUUGGACUCCACUUUCCAUGUUUUUCAUGUCUUAUCGUAGAAUAUAAUGUGAAUUUUUACCUACCACUUAUUAAUAGAAAGUUAGUUAUUGAAAACACUCAACAAUGGGUGAAUUAAACGCCACUGAUAACACCGAAAAAGGAAAAUCAAAAUCCAAAAUUCCGGCUCCUACGGUUGAUCAGAUAAUAUCAGAUCGAAUUACUCAGUUGGCGAAUCAGUAUUGGGCUCCGUACACUGCUGGAAUGCACUUACCUUUCAGUGCUGAAAUUGUCGAAGAUGUAUAUUUUAAAGAAAUUGUCCAGUCAAGGUUUUCAAUCAGAAGAGUGAUGAUGUUAGAAUUCAGUCAGUAUUUAGAAAAUUAUCUAUGGCCGAAUUACAAAACGAAUGAAUCAUCAUUUGCUCACAUGAUGUCCAUUGUUUGUAUGCUAAAUGAGAAAUUUCGUGAACGUGUUCCUGCUUGGGAAGCCAUGAAAAAAGAUCGAGAACACUUCCCAGGAUUUUUCAAACACGUCCUCGAAUCGUGUAUAUCAGAUAAUCCAAAACAAUCUCUAGUAGAAAACACCUUGUUGAUAGUAUUUUUAACGCAUAGCUUCAAUAGUAUGGAAGAAGAUAUGAUCCGAGAUCAAGUGAAAAAAUUAGUCUCUUUAUCAAUGUGGAGUUCAUUACAACAAAACCGUAGAGAACACGAAUUCAAGCAUAAUUCCAAAUGGCAUAAAUACUGGAAGUAUAUGAGAAAAUUAGAAAGCAAAGCUUCGCCCGAAGAAAAGAAAAAACUAGAAUGGGAAAAAACAUUUCUACAUCGAUUAAUAUUGAAAUUUCUAAACAUCUUGGAAAGUAUUCCUGAAGAAGGUGAUGUUCCUGUCGAAAAAAUCCAUUAUUGCGAACGAUUUUUGGAACUAAUGAUCGAUUUAGAAGCCUUGAUGGGAACUCGUAGAUUUUUCAACACCGUUUUAGAUGAUUGUCAUUUAGUGGUACGAUGUAGAUUAGCACCUUUAACAAGACGACCCGACGGGAAUUUAUUCGUUCAACUUUUAGAAAUGCUGAAAUUUUACGCCAAAUUUGAAAUCAACGACGUGUCCGGCGAUCCCUUAACUGAUCACGACAUGAUGCAACUCCAUUAUUCCAGAAUAGUGUCCUUGAAAUACGCCGUUUUUGCUAAAUUCCCUGAGCUUCGAAAAUUCGCUUUAGCCACUGUUGCCAAUACUGAUACCAGAGAUGCGCUUAUGGAACAUUUUAAAGCUUUAAGCGAAGAAAAGUUACAAGAGAUUGCUAUUUACUUGAAUCUAAUCCCUCCUACUGAGAGAAGAGCAAUUGAGAACUGGUUCAGAUUAGAUUCGUCUUUCCUAUUGGAACUUUUGAUCUCCAGACACGAAAGAAGGCCUUCUCAAUUGGAAGCGCUUAAUUCAAUGCCUUUAUAUCCGACCGAAGAUAUUAUCUGGAAUGAGAAUAUAGUCCCGACAGAGUAUUUCUCCGGAGAUGGAUGCUUGGCUCUUCCAAAACUCAACAUACAGUUUUUAACGUUGCAUGAUUAUUUGCUGAGGAAUUUCAACUUAUUUCGAUUGGAAUCCACUUAUGAAAUUAGACAAGAUAUAGAAUACUCAUUGAUGAGAUUAACUCCAUGGAAAGCCGAAGAUGGAGGAGCAUAUUUUGGAACCCGUACCAGAAUGGCUCAACCUAUCACUAAUUUUACGGUAGUGGAAGUAUUGAAACCGAAAAUAGGUGAAAAGCAACCAGCUCGAGUCAAAGCAGACGUUACUCUUCAGCUAAACCUAAAACCAUCAAUAAAAUCAGAAUGGGAAGGCUUACGUAAACACGACGUUUGUUUUCUGUUGACCGUGAAGCCACCUUUACCAAUAGGAACGCCUUUGACGUACAAUAAAGCAUUUUUGGAGCAAACUGGUCUCACUUAUGUGAGAGGAUGCGAAGUAGAAGGAAUGCUUGAUCAAAAUGGUCGAGUUAUUGAAGAUGGUCCUGAUCCUAAACCAGAAAUACCUGGAGAUACUCGCACGUAUAGAUUACUUUUAGAUCAGAAUCAGUAUCGUAUUGACAUGGAUAGUGUUGCUGAAGGAAACGAAGAUGUGUAUGAAACGUUUAAUGUGAUAAUGCGAAGAGCGCCGAAAGAAAAUAAUUUCAAAGCUGUAUUAGAAACUAUUAGAACAUUGAUGAAUACAGAAUGUGUCGUUCCUGAUUGGAUUCACGAUAUUAUUUUAGGCUAUGGUGAUCCUAGCUCGGCACAUUAUAGCCAAAUGCCGAAUGAAAUACCGAUAUUGGAUUUCAACGAUACGUUUUUAGAUAUGGAUCAUCUAAGAAAUAGUUUCCCAGAUUACGAAAUUGGUGUCAAAGUAAAUGAUCCCAGAAAGCUAGUGCCACCGUUUAGAAUAACCUUCAAACAAGCUGUCCUCAAGAAAAAGAAAGAAUCCGGUGAUGAAGACGUCAGCGAGGAAGAGCUAAAUAAAAAAUCCAUCUCGGUAGAACCUUACGUCAUUCCAAGUCGAGGACCUUAUCAUUUUAACGAACCGAAAAAAAAUACGGUCCCUUUCACUGCCACUCAAGUCGAAGCGAUCCGUUCCGGAAUGCAGCCUGGUCUCACUGUGGUAGUAGGUCCUCCUGGUACUGGUAAAACGGACGUAGCUGUACAAAUUAUUUCGAAUAUCUAUCACAAUUUUCCCAGUCAAAGAACGUUAAUCGUAACACAUUCUAAUCAAGCCCUGAAUCAGUUAUUUGAAAAAAUCAUGAUGUUAGAUAUCGACGAAAGACAUUUGUUACGUUUGGGUCAUGGUGAAGAAGCUCUUGAAACAGAAAAAGACUUCAGCCGAUAUGGACGAGUCAACUACGUGUUGUCAAAACGAUUAGAGUUACUCAACGAAGUAAAAAGACUACAGCACAGUUUAGAUGUGCCAGGAGAAGAUAUGCAUACUUGUGAAACCGCCGGUCACUUUUUCCUAUACCAAAUACUCGCUCGAUGGGAGAAAUUUUUAUCGGUUGUAAAACCUGAAAAAGAAAAGAUUGUCCCUGUCGAUGUUAUUCAACAAGAGUUUCCAUUCCAUGGUUUCUUCGAAGAUGCUCCUAAACCGUUAUUCAAAGGUAAAAGCUAUGAGGAAGAUUUGGAAAUUGCAGAAGGCUGUUUUAGGUAUUUAGAAAAAAUAUUCACCCAAUUGGAAGAAUUCCGAGCAUUCGAAUUACUGCGCAGUGGUCUCGAUCGGUCUAAAUAUUUACUCGUGAAAGAAGCUAAAAUUAUAGCGAUGACUUGUACUCACGCAGCUUUGAAAAGACAGGAUCUGGUCGACUUAGGUUUCAAAUACGAUAAUAUCCUUAUGGAAGAAGCAGCUCAAAUUCUUGAAAUUGAAACCUUCAUACCUCUUUUGCUUCAAAAUCCCGAAGAUGGAUUUAAUCGGCUGAAACGUUGGAUAAUGAUCGGAGAUCAUCACCAGUUACCACCGGUUAUUAAAAAUAUGGCUUUUCAAAAGUAUUCCAACAUGGAGCAGUCUUUGUUUACGAGAAUUGUUCGAUUAGGAGUUCCUACAAUUGAUUUAGAUUGUCAAGGUCGUGCUCGGUCAAGUAUUUGCAAUCUGUACAAUUGGAGAUACAAGAAGUUAGGAAAUCUCAGCCAUGUUGAAAGAAUGCCCGAAUAUCAAUUGGCUAAUGCCGGAUUCCAGUUCGAAUUCCAGUUAAUUAACGUUGAAGAUUUCGAAGGAGCUGGCGAAAGUGAACCGAAACCUUUCUUCUAUCAGAAUUUGGCCGAAGCUGAAUAUUGUGUAGCUUUAUUCAUGUACAUGCAUUUGAUUGGUUAUCCUGCGCACAAGAUUUCCAUCUUGACCACGUACAAUGGUCAAAAACAAAUGAUUCGUGAAAUUAUACAGCAACGUUGCGGCUCUAAUCCUCUUAUUGGACAACCGCAUAAGAUCACUACUGUAGAUAAAUUCCAAGGUCAGCAAAAUGACUACAUCAUAUUGUCGCUAGUCCGAUCCAAAGCCGUUGGUCAUUUAAGAGAUAUUAGAAGAUUGGUCGUAGCGAUGUCAAGAGCUCGUCUAGGAUUGUAUAUAUUUGGUAGAAUCGCCUUGUUUAAAAAUUGUUUCGAGUUGACGCCAGCUUUCAACCAGUUAAUGAUGAGACCACCGAAACUGCAUAUUCAUCCGGAAGAAAUAUACCCUACUCACAGACCGUUGAACGUACCAUUCCCCAAUCCUCCGUAUAUUAUCGAAGAUAUGUCUCAAAUGUCAUUCUUUGUAUAUGAUUUCUACAUGAAGAAGGUGCAAUCCUUGAAGCAAACUUAUUAUGACCAAUACCCGAAACCAGGAACCAUCAACGCAUCGGCUCCCGAUCAUAAUAUUCCCAUUCACCCGGGCGGUGAUAGAGACUCAGAUAGCGAAGAUGAAGGAGAGCAAACGGCUAAUACGAGUCCAAUAGAGGAUCCUGAAAUGGAAGAAGAAGCAGAGGAAGAAGAUUCAGAAAAUAUUCCAGCUAACACGGAGGAAAUGGAAUGCAGCGAAAUGGAUGACAGAACGCAAGUCAAGUCAGAUCUCAACACGAUUCCUGAUAAUCCAUUCGAAGUAGAAGAUAGCGAGAUGGAAGAUAGAACGAACCACCCUCCAAUCUCCGGAUCACAAGAUCAAGAUUCGGAAUAAUUUUAACGCCAUUUUCUCUCUCUUUUUAGAAUUUAAUACCAUAAUUGUGAAUACAUGCAUUUUUUACUUAAA